GUUCUAGGGCAGCAUGAGGCGCUGCAUUGGCGCCCUCCGUCGGGCGUCUGGGAUGACGAUGCUCGUCCCGGACAGCAAUCCUCGCGCAGGGUCACAGGCAAAUGCGGCAAUGUCCGUGGAAUGGCUGCAAGAAAUGAAAGAGGAGAGCGCCAGGAGGGUGCGGGAGCAAGCAGCGCGGAUCCAAGCGCUGGAAGAAGGUGAGAGGCUGCUGAGAGCGCAUUCCAGAUCGCUGCUGGGCAGCUACAAGGGCCGGGUGACGCCGAUCGCCGCCGCAUUCGCCAUCGGCAAGACGAGGAAUCCGGCGGAGGCGAGGGCGCUCUUCGAUUGGGCGGGCAAGCAACCGGGAUUCAUCCACAAUGGCGAGACGUGCGCGGCGCUACUGCGCGUCUUCCACAAGGCCCGCCUCGCCGGCGAUGCCUUCGCACUCUUCACGAGAGACCUCUGGCGCUACUGUGCUCGCAGCGCCAUUGCUUACAAGACCAUGGUGGAAGGCUACUGCUACGUCGGGGAUAUGGAUCCGGCAACGAGGAUUCUAGCACAGAUGGAGAAAAUGGGAUUCCACAUUGAUGUCGGCCUCCACAACGCGAUUAUCAGGGGAUUGAUCAGGGCCAAGAGAGUCGACGACGCACUGGAUCACUUUGCAAAGAUGGAAAAGAACCGUGACACGGAUCUUGAGUCUUACUCCAUCGUCGUCUCGGCGCUGUGUGAUGAGAAACGAGUGGACAAGGCGGUGGAUCUCCUCUACAGCAUGAACGAGGAAAGCUUCUUGCCGGAUGUUGGGAUCUACAACAGGAUCAUCGAGGCGAUGUCUGAGCUCCAACUCCACGGCGCUUACUUGCUGUUCGAGCAGAUGAUCGAGGCUGGUGUUCUUCCAAACUCUGCGACUUUCAGCUUCCUUGUUCGUGGCUGCUUCAAGCGGGGAUUUCUCGACGAGGGCAGCGAGUUGCUGCGGCAGAUGGUGGAGUCCGGCUGCGUCCCGGAGCUCGCAACCUUCAACGCCGUGAUCGAGGGGCUGUGCAAAGUUCGUCGCGUGGAAAACGCGCGAUGGGUGAUGAACGAGAUGGCUUCGCAGGGAUGCUCUCCGGACGCUGCAACGCACAGGUUCUUGCUCGAGGCGCUGUGCAAGAUGGACAAACUGGACGAAGCUCACCGCCACGUCCAGAGGAUGAUCGCUACCGGGUGCUUGCCGGACACGGUCACGUACUCGUUCCUCAUCAAGAAGCUCUGCAAGGAAGGGAGGCCGAUGGAAGCUCACAGGUUUUUCAAGGAGAUGAUUGGGAUCGGUCGCGAGCCGGACAGCUCCAUCUACAACUUGCUCCUGGCGAGCCACUGCGCCGCGAGCAAAGCCACCGCAUGCUACGAGCUCUUCACCCAGAUGAAGGAGAGGGGAGUUCUUCCGGAGCCCAGGAACUGCCUCAAUCUCGUCCGGCUGCUCCACAAGUUCCACAGAUUUGCUGAGGCCAGAGAGGUCGGGAACGCAAUCCCGGAGGUUCCUUUGCUACUCCUCCGAUGAUCAGUGCUUUCUCGGAUCUUCUCGGAUGAACUAGUGAUCGAUUUCUCUGAUCGAGCGAGCGCGAGCUUAGAAGAAGAGCAAGAAGAUAAAAUCUGGGAAUAUACCUCGUUUUUGAAA